UACAUACAUGUAAGAUUUGCUCUUGAUGUUCUUUUGACUUUAUUCCCCCCUUAGUUUGCCAACAUCCGUGAUCCCGUCUAAUGCACCAAGAGAUGGCAACAGAACCAGAGAGCCCAUUGAUUACUUCUCUAAGUACUUUGGUUGGGAUACCUGGGUAGAACUUGCCAACUGUACAAAUAAACUGUCCAACAUGCCUGACGCUGUCACGGCCAGGGAAGUUGCACGCUUUGUUGGGAUCCACAUCGCAAUGGGAACUUUGAAGUUUCCCAGUGCAAAGCUCUACUGGGAAGACUUGACUAAGGUGCCGUUGAUUGCUGAAGCCAUCCCGUUGUCCCGUUUCCUCGAGCUGUCUCGCACGCUGAAGCUGACUUCUUCAAAGUAUCCAGCCAACGCUAAUCCCCACAAAGGAACUUGUGAUAGUGAUCAAUGUGGUGACGAGGCAAAUGGCUCAGAUGGUUCAAAACAGGCUGAUCCCCUGUGGAAAGUUCAUCCAUUAUUGUGUCGUUUCAAAGCAGGGUGCCAGUCAUUAAGACGAGAGGGCGAUUAUGCAGUUGACCAAUAUCCACUUCCUCUCACUGGGAAGGUGCACAACAACAAACUGUCUCUCUACAGCACUGCUUUAAUUGGAUUUGACGGCUUACUCUUACAUGUCGAUCUUAAGGUGGAUCUCUCAGACAAAGAAGGUGCUGUAGAAAAAAUGGUCCCCAAAGGUAGUAUGGUGUUCCUUUGCAAACAGGAACUGUCCACCCCUGUGAUGCUCGAACGCCUUUUAGCUGCUGGGGUUCAUGGAGCAGGCAGGGUGGGAGGGGCUCGAGGACAGAUCGGUGAUGAGUUUGUGAGCUCAGAUGGGAAGUUGAUGCUGCGCAGAUCCCAUUGUGGCUUCAUACUUUCUACUGCGGGAAAUGGCCAGAGGAGCGCGGCCUUUCUCAUUGAAAACUUUGAGAAAGCCCAGAUGUCGGCCCGUCUCCACAGAGAACUGAAAAAUCUUUAUGCAAUUCCCCUCACGGCCUCUGCACCAAGCUGCUGGCCCCAAGCAGUGCUCUGGUACCUCACGGAUCUGGCUUUGGUAAACUCCUGGCUCCUGUAUCGACAGGAUUUCAGAGCAUCCGUGCCACCUUUGACUCUCAUGGCUUUCAGAUUGGAAGUGUCCAAGGCUUUGAUCUUCUCUAGUAGCUCGGAUACCCAAGACUCAGUUCCUCCCCAGCCGCCGGCAGCAGAGGUUCACACAACAAAUGAAACCCGCAGUCCCAUCCUGGUGGAGGAGAGUCCUCUGCCAGACGCAGCCACACGAUAUGACGGUUCAGGUCACUGGCCGGAGCAGCUUGGAGAGGGAGAGGGGGGCAGGUGCCGUUUUGGGGACUGUCAGAGGACAUCACGAGUGUUAUGCCUCAAGUGCUGUGUCUUUCUUUGUAUCUCACGUAACCACAACUGCUUUUUGAAUUUCCAUAAUCAGGGAAGUUUGGGAAAAGAGUAGUAUCUGCUACAGAAUUUACCAAUCUCUGAUUGUAACUGUGUUUUUGGUGUAGGGAAACUCACUGCCUUUCACUGUCAUGCUUUUAUAGGGCUGUUGUGAUGCAUUUUAAAAAAAUCUUAAUAUGUCAUUU